ACACUCUCCCAGUGGAGACACAAGCAGCCACUUCUCCAGGUUUUCAGGCCAGACCAAGGGGUCCCUGACCCCAAUUUAGCACCUCUUCUGCUCUCUAACUAAGCGCCAUGACUGAUGACACUGUGUUCGAUUCGGAAAGCAGCUUCAGCAUCCCGGCACUGCCUGCAAACGGUGAGGGAAGAGAUAUCAGGCUGUUUUCCUCAGGAGAUGAGGAUAGCAGUCUCUACUUUACCUACAGUGGGGGUUGUAAUGAACUGGAGGUUAGAAAUCUACACUAUCAGGUGGACACAGCAGCACAGAUCCCCUGGUAUGAGAAACUGUCAGAGCUGAAAAUGCCCUGGGAGAUGCGGGGCAGCAAGCAGACUGCCAUCAAAGACCUGAACCUGAGAGUGCACAGUGGCCAGAUGCUGGCUGUUAUCGGCAGCUCAGGCUGUGGAAAGACCUCCCUGUUGGACAUCAUAACCUGUCGAGAUGAAGGAGGCACCAAGAAAUCUGGAGAGAUCCUGAUCAAUGGCAAGCCCUGCAUGCCCUCGCUAGUGAAGAAAAGCAUCGCUCACGUCCGACAAGAUGACCGAUUGUUACCCCAUCUGACGGUACGGGAGACUCUCACCUUCGUGGCCAAGCUGCGCCUACCAACACAUUUUACACAGGCACAGAGAGAUCAAAGGGUGGAUGACGUCAUUGCUGAGCUGCGGCUGAGACAGUGCGCCAACACACGAGUGGGAAACAACUAUGUGCGGGGUGUAUCAGGUGGAGAGAGGAGGAGGGUCAGCAUUGCUGUUCAACUACUGUGGAACCCAGGUAUUCUCAUCCUGGAUGAGCCUACUUCAGGUUUAGACAGCUUCACUGCUCACAACCUGGUGAUCACCCUGUCUCGUCUGGCGCGAGGGAACCGUCUGGUCCUGCUCUCAGUGCACCAGCCACGCUCAGACAUCUUCCAGCUCUUUGACCUGGUGGUGUUGCUCUCCUCUGGUUCAGCCGUGUACUGUGGCCCUGCCAAAGACAUGGUUCCCUACUUCACGUCUCUGGGGCAUCCAUGUCCACGCUACUGCAAUCCAUCUGAUUUCUAUGUGGACUUGAUCAGCAUUGACCGCCGUAGCCAGGAAAAAGAAGCCGAGUGUCUAGAGAGAACAAGAAUCCUGGCAGCCCAGUUUGCUGAGAAGGUGAAGGACACUGAUGAUUUCAUGUGGAAGUCUGAGGAGCACAAUGUUCCAGAUAAUAAUAAUAUCCAAAGCCCAAUAGCUGAAACAAGCAUCACAGUGUCCCGAAGGAAGGACCAUCCACCAGGUCGACUGCACCAGUUCUCCAUUCUCAUUAGGCGGCAGGUAUUUAAUGAUUUCCGUGACCUGGUUACACUGGUGGUGCAUGGCCUAGAGGCCCUGCUAAUGUCACUGCUCGUGGGCUUCCUGUACUUUGGGGCAGGUGAAAAGAAGCUGCCAAUUCAGGACACUGUGGCUUUGCUCUACAUGAUAGGAGCGCUCACGCCAUUUGCGGUGGUACUGGAUGUCAUUGCCAAGUGUCAUUCAGAGAGAGCCAUGCUGUAUCAUGAACUGGAGGAUGGAAUGUAUUCAGUCACCCCCUAUUUUUUCGCCAAGGUCCUAGGUGAGUUACCAGAGCACUGUGUUUUCACGCUGGUAUACAGCCUGCCUAUCUAUUGGCUAGCCGGCUUGAAUGACUCACCAGACCGCUUCCUGCUCAACUUCAUGCUGGCGUGGCUGAUGGUGUACUGCAGCCGCUCCAUGGCUUUGUUCACGGCAGCUAUCCUACCCACCCUCCAGACUUCAUCCUUCAUGGGAAAUGCCCUUUUUACUGUUUUCUAUCUGACUGGUGGUUUUGUCAUCAGCCUAGACAAUAUGUGGCUGGUCGCUUCCUGGUUCUCCUAUAUUUCCUUCAUGCGGUGGGGUUUUGAAGGGAUGCUGCAGGUUCAGUUCCGUGGCCUCUCAUAUUCCGUCAACCUGGGAAACCUGACCUUCAAUGUAGACGGCAUUAAAAUGGUGGAGGUGAUGCAUAUGAACCAGUUUCCACUGUUCUCCUGUUAUUUAGUCCUGAUAGCUGUAGUGCUGGUCUUUAUGUUGCUCUACUAUCUGUCGCUUAAGUUCAUAAAGCAGAAGUCCAGUCAGGAUUGGUAAAGGAAAAGCUACAGUGGCCCCUUGCAGAAAGAUCGCAGCACCUGCAUUUUCUCAGUCCACAUUGAGGUGAUGUGGGAAAACUCUGAAGAAAAGUUUUGCAUAUACUAACAAACCCCAAUUUGUGUGCAUGGUCAUUAAUGAACAUUUACAAUCCAACAAUUCACUGCUUGUGAUGGACACAAAGGGCAAAGAUCAAAAUGCGGUAUUUAGAAGUUUAUCGUAAGUGGCUUUAUGACACAUAAGGGCCAUUCUUUUUAAAUAAUGGCAUUAUUACCUGUCCAAAUCAUUUAAGGUCUGGACAGAUUGAUGUUUGUCCUAUUGAUUCAUUAAUAUCUAGGUCAAGCUCUUUACAUUCUCAAUUGGAGGUUGACAUAAACAGCAUAUGACCAUGUAUGUGGCAGAAGACACUGUUAUGAAGAAAAAGGUGGAUGGCUGUGGAGCUUGGAUUAAGUGUUCAUUUGUCAAUCAUGUUACGCUCUUACCAAAGACUAGCCUAGUUAAAGAAUGGAGAGAUGUCCAAGUCAUACCUUUAGAAUUAGAAUUCACUCAAAUUUCACUUUUUAAUAACCAAAUAUGCAAGAAAAAUAAGGUGAUUUGGUAUUUUCUCCAAAGACAAAUAGGAAGGAGAGAAAGAAAAAUAAGUAAUAAAAUAAAUAAAGUUAAAUUAAGUUCAAGACCUGGAAAUUAACAUAAAUGUAAUAUAUAAAAUCUGCAUGUGCAAAGAUUAAUGUCAUGAAAGGUAGUAUAAAAUAUAUACACAGAUCAGCCAUAACACUAAAAACCAAUAACAUUAAAACCACCUAGGUUUUGGGUUCUCCUUAUUCCACCAGGGCAGCUUUGACUCCACAUGGCCUUUGAAGAUGUGCUGGCACCAGGAAGUUGGUGUCGGGGACUUUGGGCUGCAUGAUGGAGGUCUGUAGAUAGGACUUCCUUAUCCUGUGCAUAGCACAAAUGUUUGAACAGAUUGGGGUCUAGGGAAUUGAAGGUCUUUGGGUCUUUGUCUGCCAGGCCCCAUGCGCAGCAGGUGCUCUGAUGCCUUUCUGUCAUGGCCUGCAUUGGCUUUUGUGUGGGAUUAGAUCAGAUGGGCUGGGCUUUGGUCCCCAUAAGCAUCGAAGAGGUUGGUGCCUUGGGUGCCCAUAACCCUGUCAACAGUUUACUGGUAUAUAGUAAUAAACGUAAAUUCACCUGGCUGUGGUGUUAAUGUUAUGGCUGAUCAGGGUAUGAUGUGUAGGCUGAUUACAGGUCAUUUGUUUAGGAGAGCAACUGCAUUUGAAAGGAAGCCGAAAAAGAGAGAUUGGUGCAAGAGUUUCAAGAAGAGAGUGGUGGACGAGAAAAGAAAUCCCUGGCCUCUAAGAAAUUGAUGACUCAAUGACAUUAGGAUAACAGCUGGGACCCUGCAUAAGGGAACACUGAGAGGGAGAGGUGACAACAGGUGUGAGGUUAUUGAAAAACAGGCCCGAAUUCCAUAAACAGAUUAUAUUCAUAUUUAUGAGUGUUAAAGUUGUUUAAUAGGCUACAACUGUCUGUCACUGGAUGGCAGCAAAGCACCAUGCACACUCAGCUUUUCUUUCUUUUUUUUUUUUUUUUUUACAAACGCAGAUCUAUAGCAUUUGGUCCUAUAUUUUAAUGCAUGUUUAUUUUGUAUACUAUAAUUUUUAAGCUUAAUUAGUUAGAAAUGUAAAGGCAUAUUUAAAGGAUUUAAAAAUCUUGAUCUAAGUUUUGCACUGGUGCAAACCUUUUAGAAAUAUACAACCAAUUAUCUACAGUAAAAUACAGAGUGGCGUGUUUGUUAUGCAUCUUUUUGACUAGAUUUUAUACCUGUUCAAACUGAUGAUUAUAUGGUUUAUUUGGUGAUAGAGAAUUAUUUGGAUAUCUGUUGCCAAUAAGGAAUAAAUCUGUGGUGUAUCUGU